CAGUUGUGGCAAGCUGUGAAAUUCAGAAUAAGCAAAUAAUGACUAACGAAUCAGGUGUAUUCCUUCCAGGAAAUCAUGAAGCUGAGAUGUGCUAUGGUGGAGAAGCUGAUCUACACAAACAUGUUACUGGCUGUAAGAAGAAUCCAGGUCACGAAGGUUUUAUACCUCUUAAAGAUUUCAAUGCAAGUUGUCUCCGCUCACAUUACCAUGACGACGACCUAAUGUCUGAGACAAUUAAAACAUUGGCAGCCCUAACUGUUCAGGUAAAGACUAAAUUCACCAGUCUAAAGAGACCAGAGUUUUACCCAGGCACUCAAGUUCCAUAUCCAUGUUAUAAGGACAGAGGAAGUUACGUGAUGAGGUUAGGGACGGGGAGGGUGGAGAGUGUGAGCAAGUACACAGAGAGUGACGAAUCUGGAACUUGUCGUUGUGCCAAGUGUCAAGUCUCUGCCACACCCAGCAAAGCGUGGGGGAAGGUUGAAGUGAUGACAGCCAGACACGUGGUGUUUGAUGCCAGUGAGGCGAGACAGACCAGGUGUGUUGUUGGUUUUGAUGAUAAUAAAAGUCCUGGGGUCAGUCUUGAUGGCUGGGAGGUGAGGAGGGCAAAUAUUGAGGGAGACUGGUGUAAAUUUACAUGUGUGUCGUGUGACUUAGAGAUGGUUAAUAAACUGGACAAGAUGUGGCGGCGCUUUAAAGAUCUAUGUAGGGAAGUAAAGGACAAAUACAGGAGAUUUGUUGAUGUGGACAAGUUGACCGUUAUAGUGUCACAUCCUCAUGGCUGUCCUAAACAGGUCUCUGUAGGACAAUGGACACACAAACAUGAGAGGGGUGACUGGAUAAGGUACUGGUACACAACAUGUACAUGUCCUGGCUCCAGUGGAGCGUCUGUCUACAUGCUGGGAUAUGGCGGGUUGCCGUAUUCCAAACCCCACAGUGGAUCAAACUCUAAAGGAAAUUAUAGUGGGGAGUAUUAUUGCUGAUGUAACUGUUAGUUCUCUCCCCUUGUCUACACAACGUAAACAAACAAAAUGGCAGAAUUUUUCCCGUCAUUAAACCGUUUGUGUUAAGACCUGCAUGUCUGGUUAACAUUGUAUUACAUUUAAAUGAUUAAAAUAAGUCUUGUUUGAUGUAAACCGUUUAACUAAAUUAAUUUACAUGAUCAUUGAUGGAUUUUAGAAUUUUUUUGUUCCAAAUGUGUUAAAUAAUUUCCUUGUAACUUUUGUCGGCAAAUUGUUGUCCUACACCUCAC